AUGGCUAACAACAGAGAACGUCUUGACGAUCUCGAAACAAGUAUGGGAAUGGUUCAAGACGAACUCCUCAAACUCACCACCAACGUUAACGACAGGAUUCGAGGCUUGGAAGAUUCCCUCCAUCGAGCUCAUCACAACCGACGACAUGUUAAGCUUGAACUCCCACGUUUCAGCGAGGGAGAUCCAACCGAAUGGCUCACCAAAGCCAUCCAAUACUUUGCCUACCAUGAGAUCACCGGCAACCAGCGCGUCAGUUUCGCCUCCUAUCACCUCACGGAAGAUGCAAACGAAUGGUGGCAGGCGACUGUACGAGCACUUGGUGUAGAUCAGACGCUUAUAUCUUGGGAGACAUUUGAGGGAGAAUUGUGGACACGGUUUGGUCCGACGCGUAUCACCAACUUUCAUGAAGAGCUCUCUAAGAUCCGACAGACAGGAACAUUCCGAGAAUACCAACGGGCCUUUGAAAGACUCCGCAACAAGGUCUCAAACUGGUCAGAGGAAGCGCUUGUCGGGACAUUCCUCGGAGGCCUUCACCACACCAUUGCCGAUGAUGUCCGUAUGUUCCAACCAAAGACUCUGCAAGAAGUCAUGAACUUGGCUCGUAUGAAAGAUGAUCAAUUGCAGAAGCAGAAACGCUUUGCACCCAGAAAUAACUCAUUCUCUACCUCGAGUCCCAAAACAAACACAUCGACACCAGCUACACCGCGUCCCAAACAAACACCUCGCAAACUCAGCUGGGAAGAGAUGAGACGAAAGCGAAGUUUGGGCCUCUGUUUCAGCUGUGAUGAGAAGUAUUCCCCGGGCCAUAAGUGCGCAAACCCACAAAUCUUCAUCAUGGAGGGUAGUGAUGAUACCGAACCCGAUGCUGACAACGCAGACACAGAUGAGGAUUACUCCACACCGGAAAUCACUCUCCAUGCCCUCACUGGCUGGGAUUCUCCGACAACAAUGCGCCUCUUGGCUAUCAUUCACCACCGCCAUCUGCAUGCUGUCGUGGAUAGCGGCUCCACACACAACUUCAUCAGCGAGAAAGUCGCAUCAGACUUAAAGCUGAAGGCGACGCCUAUCAAACCAUUCAAUGUCCGUGUGGCCAACGGAACGCCACUUCGCUGCAGUAGGAGGUUCGACGACGUCAGGAUCCAGAUCGGAAGCGCUCAUUUCCGUAUUACACUUUACGCCCUUUCCUUAGUGGGCCUGGAUUUGGUGAUGGGAAUUCAAUGGCUCCAAAGCCUUGGGCCUAUACUCACAGAUUGGAAAGCCCACACCAUUCAGCUUGAUUGGGGGGGACAAACCCAUCUUCUUACCGGGCUUCAACAAGACAAAAUUAGGCCCACAUCCAGAGAGGAAAUAGAGAAGGAGGCCCGCCAAGGUCAUCUUCUCUUUGCGCUUUGUCCGACGGAGAUAUCACCUGACCUUAAGGAACUCAACGACGACUUACGCUUGAUUCUCGAUGAAUUCACCGGAAUUUUCAAACCUCCCGAGGGUCUCCAUCCACCGCGAGACAUCGAGCACGCCAUUACGCUCAAAGAAGGGACUGAUCCCAUCAACGUACGUCCUUACCGAUAA